AGAAUGGUUGGUCAGUUUGCAAAGCCCAGAUCAAACUCUUUUGAGGAGAAAGAUGGUGUGAAGCUACCAAGUUACAGAGGAGAUAAUGUAAAUGGUGAUGCAUUUGAUUUGAAAUCAAGAACACUAGACCCUCAAAGAUUGAUCAGAGCAUACUGCCAAUCAGCGGCCACUCUUAAUCUCUUGAGGGAUUUCGCCACCGGAGGUUAUGCUGCUAUGCAGAGAGUUACUCAAUGGAAUCUUGAUUUCACCGAGCAGAGCGAACAGGGUGAUAGGUAUCUUGAGCUAGCUAGCCGAGUUGAUGAGGCACUUGGGUUCAUGUCGGCUGUCGGACUUACAGUGGACCACCCUAUCAUGACCACCACUGAUUUCUGGACAUCCCAUGAGUGCUUACACUUGCCAUAUGAGCAAUCUCUCACUAGGUUGGAUUCAACUUCUAGCUUAUACUAUGAUUGUUCGGCUCAUUUCCUCUGGGCCGGUGAGCGAACUCGCCAGCUUGAUGGUGCACAUGUUGAGUUCCUUAGAGGAAUAGCAAACCCACUUGGAAUUAAGGUGGGUGACAAGAUGGAUCCGAAUGAGUUGGUGAAGCUUAUCGACAUCUUAAACCCUCAAAACAAGUCGGGGAGGAUUACAAUCAUAACAAGAAUUUAG